AUGCGGGUCUUGGCUGAACUGACGGUCGAAGAGCAGUACUACCGAGAACUCGAGAAGCAACUUGCGGAAUGGUUCUUCACGCUUUCCAUCCAUGACCAAUGGUCGAAAUGUCGUCUGUACAACAGCCGCGCUCACGAAAACAAGCAUUCGUUACGCCCGCUGCUUACUGCUCUCAAUCGUGUCCCCAUCUCCUUCCCCGAAACACUGCUAGAACUACGCCGUCUGGACAGAUGGUCCGUAAUCACUCUUCUCCAAGCUUACGCGCAGCCAGUGACACCUCCAAUGGAACACGAUGUCGAUUUGGCGAGAAGGGCCCUCGCGCGCUUCAUCGGGGCACCCCCCUAUUGAUGUGCUGUACAACCUUUCGCCUUCUCCAGUCCAAUAAGUG